AAAGUUAUCGAGAAUUAUUGUUGUUGCAACCGCCUCCUGUCAAAAUUUUAUUUUUCAAAUAGACAAUAGGCAAUUCCGAAACAUCUAGUAGAAUGGACUUUGACAAAUUGAUUGCAUUGUAAGGAAGUAUUAUUAUUUUGGAAGUAUUAGCGUUAUAAAAGCCUUAAGUCGGUAUUUAAGAUGAGUGAAAAGCGAAGACCCAAUCAUUAUUGGUUAAUGGAUCCAUGGUACAAUCAACAAUACGUUAAAAAGCGCAAGAAAGCAGAACAGCCCCGGAGAACUACUAUCGAUAAUCUUAUCAACGAUGGCGUCAAUGAGGUUUUCAUAGAAUCAGGAGAAAGUUUGCAAACAGAUACUUCUUCGGAUGUCUCCGAUGACAACAACACAAUCAAUCCAACCGAAGUAAACAGUUCAUUUUCAGUAGCAUCAGAAAGUGAAUUACCGGACCUUCACAAUAAUGAAUCACACGUUUCCAAGGAAGAUUCUCAAUCCGAUUUUAGCAGGCAAACGAGUUCGUGCAAUGCAUCGGAAGUGCCAAGUGAUUUCGAUAAUCAGAACAGGGAAGGAAUAGAGGAAUCGGUGAGAUGUUUUCUUAUGGGAUCCAACCACAAUGUUGCAUUAGAACUUUCACAAAAAUCUAUGAAGAUCUGACGAAAGAAACAUCAAACAUUGUCACUGUUCUAAUUAGCUGUUUGCAGUGGAACAAAAUAUAAAAUUAGAAGAUCAGGAUCGAUGGAUUGCUAUUUCAGCGUUUGUGAAAUGUGGAUAAAGGCACAAAUCGGAA